AUGAUGGCUCCUCUCCGUGUGCUUGUCACAGGUGCAGCAGGCCAGAUUGGUUACGCAAUCGUUCUUCAAAUCGCCAAAGGAGACGUGUUUGGAAGGGAUACUCCGGUUGUCCUCGUGCUGCUUGACCUUCCUUCUAUGGCAACCGUUCUUGAGGGAGUACAGUAUGAACUUCAGGAUUGUGCUUUGGCAAAUCUUCUAGGUCUGUUUAAGGUCUUCUAUGUAGCUCUCUGA